AUGGCUUUGUUUCAGUUUCAAAUCUACUCAUCUGAUACAGGGGAUUGGAAGAUUCGUACCCUAACUUUAGAUACACCCUGGUCCUUAUUCAGAAAGGGAGUUUACUGGAAUGGAGCUAUUCACUGGGCUCCCUGUUUUCGCAAUCACUUCUACUUUAAAAUCGAGGCUGAACAGGUGCAACGAUUGCCCUUGCCGGUGGAUAUGAAGUCUUUUGAAUUUAUGACAAUGUACUUUGGGGAAUCUAGAGGUCAUUUACAUUUAACCCUGCUUAUUGAUUCUGAUGAAACCAGUUCACACCUGAACGUGUAUGAGAUGUUGGGCGAUCAUUCAGGGUGGUUUGUCAAGUAUCAACUACAGCUCCAUGAAAUUUGCGGUGCUUUUCCGGAGAUGACUUGUUCGUCUUAUGAUUUUGAUGUUGUUGAUGUGGUUAGAGGUGUAAAAGAAGAAGAUACGUUCAUCGUGCUGAGAAUUUCCUGUAAGUUGAUAAGAUAUAAUGUUCAUGACAAGAGUUUUAGGCAGAUGUCUGAUGUCAUCAACUACGCCUUUAGAAAGGACCCGUUUGCGCAUCAUCGUUAUAUUGAAACUUUAGCGUAUUUCUAA